GUUCUACUGUAGUUGCAGAGGCGAAAAGGGAAGGAGUCAAGUAAUAAUAGAAUCAUUAUUAUAUUAUAAGAAGGUGUCCGUUUAGAAAAACAAUUUAAAAAAAAAAUUUAAUUGUGCACAAAAAAUGUAAUCCUAGAGAUGUAAAAUAUGCACAGGUGUCUGCACACGUUGUUCUAAUGGUACUUAUUUACACUUCUAUAGGGUGACAGAAUUGGUUUGCGUAAAAAGAAUAUAAAUACUCUUAAAAGAAAUGGACUCCGUGGUGUAUUUAGCAGGACUGGUUGUUUUAUUCCUGCUGUGGGUUAAGGUGAAAGGGCUGGAGUACGUGAUCAUACAUCAGAGAUGGAUUUUCGUGUGUCUGUUCCUGCUCCCCUUGUCGGUAAUAUUCGAUAUCUACUAUUACCUGCGCGCCUGGGUCAUUUUCAAGAUGUGCAGCGCCCCCAAACAGCACGACCAGCGCGUCAAGAGCAUACAGCGACAGGUCCGAGAAUGGAAGGAGGAGGGGAGUAAGACCUACAUGUGCACGGGCCGACCUGGCUGGCUCACAGUGUCUCUGCGGGUGGGGAAGUACAAGAAGACUCACAAGAACAUCAUGAUCAAUCUGAUGGACAUCCUUGAGGUGGACACCAAGAGACAGGUUGUUCGUGUCGAACCAUUGGCUAACAUGGGUCAGGUGACCGCGCUGCUCAAUUCGAUUGGCUGGACUCUUCCAGUGCUGCCGGAGCUUGAUGACCUCACAGUGGGUGGCUUGGUCAUGGGCACGGGAAUCGAGUCCUCGUCGCACAUUUACGGGCUGUUCCAGCACAUCUGUGUGGCCUAUGAACUGGUGCUCGCUGACGGCAGUCUGGUCCGGUGCACUGCGGAGGAGAAUUCCGAGCUGUUCUAUGCAGUGCCCUGGUCCUGCGGCACGCUGGGUUUCCUCGUGGCUGCGGAGAUCAGAAUCAUCCCAGCCCGCAGGUACGUUCGGCUGCACUACGAGCCCGUGAGUGGGCUGGAGAAGAUCUGCCAGAGGUUCUCCAGCGAGUCCGCCAACAAGAAGAACCAGUUUGUGGAGGGGCUGGUGUACUCCCGCGACCAAGCCGUGAUAAUGACCGGGGUCAUGACUGAGGAGGCGGAGUCUGACAAGAUCAACAGCAUCGGACAUUACUACAAGCCCUGGUUCUAUAAACAUGUGGAGAGUUACUUAAGAGCCAACCGGAGCGGAGUGGAGUACAUUCCCCUGAGGCACUACUAUCACCGACACACUCGCAGCAUCUUCUGGGAGCUGCAGGACAUUAUUCCGUUCGGUAACCACCCCGCUUUCCGCUACCUGUUCGGCUGGAUGGUGCCCCCCAAGAUCUCUCUUCUGAAGCUGACCCAGGGAGAGACGAUCCGGAAGCUGUAUGAGCAGCACCACGUGGUCCAGGACAUGCUGGUACCCAUGAAGCACCUGGAGCAAUCCAUCAAUGCCUUCCACAACGACAUCAAUGUGUACCCCCUGUGGCUGUGUCCCUUUGUCCUGCCCAGCCAGCCCGGCAUGGUCCACCCCAAGGGCAAUGAGGACGAGCUGUAUGUGGAUAUCGGGGCCUAUGGAGAGCCGAGUUCCAAGCAGUUCGAGGCACAGGCCUCCAUGAGGCAGCUGGAGAAGUUUGUGCGAGAGGUGCACGGGUUCCAGAUGCUGUACGCGGACGUGUACAUGAACCGCGAGGAAUUCUGGGAGAUGUUCGACGGCUCUCUGUACCAGAAGCUGAGAGAGCAGCUCAAUUGCAAGGAGGCCUUCCCGGAGGUGUAUGACAAGAUCUGCAAGUCUGCAAGGCACUGAAAUACAGGGGCCCCACGAGACACUGCACCCAUACGCAAUAACAACCCUAAAGGAUAGUGAUGGGGAACUAUCUAUAGCACGUUUGUUGCAGUCUGCAUUACAAUACUGCAGUUUAUGAUAGCAAUACUGCAGUUAUUUUGUUAGGCUCAGUUGUUUUCUCCCAAGUACACUAUUUUAAUAUUAACCAUAACAAAAGUGCAAUACGUUGUACCAGUGAUUGUUUAUCACAUGAAAGGUCACACACGAAAACAGAACCCAACCUGGCCCAUGAAGUAGCACUGUAUGUAUUGAUUCAGGUGAGAUGUUUGUAGUCGUGAGAAACACUUUAAACAUUUUAAAAGAAAAACGCAAUUUGGUUACAAUUUUAAAGUGGGAGUGGGGGUGGAGGUGUUCCCAUGUAUUACAGGUAGACGAAAACAUUUCGAAACACAUUUAAAAUAUUCAGAUGAAUGCUAAAUGUAUAUGUUGUAGUGUAUAUCUUACCUGUGUUGCAUUCUGCUGCAGAUGGCCAUGUUCCUGACUCGGGACUUGGGCUGUCGUUCUGUGUGCGCCAAUCACAUUUUUCAUGUGAACAGUUCGUGUUUAUUUAUGUUUUGGGGACAAAUAAAUUCAAUCUGCAAUGUAA